UCACUUAUCGGGAAUAUCAAUUUCAUUUUUUUCAUUACUGAUUUUAGAUAAUUGAGAUUAAUUAUUACUAUUUCGAGUUUCGACUACUUUCCCAUUCGCCGCUCACUGAGACAGUGAGACUGUUUCCUGUGGUGCCUGACCCGUUGGGCUCGGGCGCCUACGGUACUUGGUGCACCAGUGCGGUCUAAACUCUAGUUGUCGACAAAUAUUGUGAUACAGUCAUACAGACCACAGACAUUAUCGAGAAAAGGACUGCGACAGACCGCAGGAACGGCACAUUUGUAGUUCACUCUUUACUAUUGUUGUUGUUUUGUUUAUUAUUAUCAUCAUCAUCUUUUAUUACCGUUUUUAUCAUUGGCCGUUGUUGAUUAUUUAUUUCAUAGCUUAUCGUACAUCGCGUAUUUACAUCUCGUUGACGGCAAGUACCUACCUAAAUCAACUGUAGUUGUACUACUUGUACACUUGUAUAGUAAAAAGUCUAGUUUCAUUUUGUACUGAGCGAUUUAUUGUAGCAAACCGUUCUCAAAAUCGUCAGUCGCGAUUAAAUUUCCAAACACUCAUUUCGUAUUAACAGGGUGUAAGGAAAAGAAUAAAGGUACGAAGCGAUUGUUGUUCGAAGUCGGUAUAUGUGUAUUGCAUUUAUUUGUCUCCUUGAACAAAACCAGUAGUGUGUCGACGGAAUCCAUUGGCUCACUGAUAGCACUAUGUACUGGACCGUUCACAUGUAUGGUGGCCCUCGACGGGUCAACCACGCUGCUGUUGCAAUUGGCACAAGCAUUUUCACUUUUGGCGGUUACUGCAGUGGUGUAGACUAUAAAAGCUUUAAACCAAUUGACAUACACGUACUAGACACUGAGAAAUUGAAAUGGUGGAAACUGGAGCUAAGUGAUGAUCAAGACUACACAUGUGUUCCAUUUCAAAGAUAUGGCCACACAGCCGUUGCCCUUGAAUCUAAUAUUUACCUGUGGGGUGGACGUAAUGACAAUGAAGUUUGCAACACUCUGUACUGUUUCAACACAAACACUUUAAAAUGGACAAAACCAACUGUAUAUGGAAGUAUACCAGUGCCGAGAGAUGGCCAUUCCGCUUGUAUCAUUCAAAACUGCAUGUAUAUAUUUGGUGGAUUUCAAGAACACCCAAGUCUAUUUGCUUCAGAUUUAUAUAUGUUGAACUUUAAUUCCAUGGUAUGGAGUAUAGUCAAAACAAAGGGACAUCCUCCGUCAUAUAGAGAUUUUCAUACUGCAACCGCUAUUGAUAAUAAAAUGUAUAUAUUUGGUGGCCGUGGUGAUUGGCAUGCACCAAGACAAACUGAAAAAGAUAAAUAUUGUUCCAAUAUUUAUUAUUUAGAUACUUCUACAAGAAAGUGGAUACGUCCUAAAAUUCAUGGCACUAAACCUAUAGCACGGCGCAGCCAUUCUGCAUUUGUGUAUAAUGGCUGUUUAUACAUCUUUGGUGGCUUUAACAAAAACAAGGACUUACAUUUUCAUGACAUAAAUCGAUAUGAUCCAGUUAGUUCUACUUGGAUGAAAAUAUUACCAAAGGGCACACCUCCAUGCGCUAGAAGAAGACAGAUUUGUCAAGUAGUCAAUGACAGGGUAUUUAUAUCUGGUGGUACUAGUCCGCUUUUUCCCAGACCAGCAAUACCUGCAAGACUACGGGAAUACGAUCUGGGUGAUAUAAUGUAUAAUGUGGAUCUCAAGGAUCAUGAUGACCUUCAUGUUUUAGAUCUGAAGCCUAGUCUAAAAAAUAUAUGUAUGGUGAAUGUGUGGGAGAAUAUGGAAGAAAUGAAAAUUGAUAAUAUAGAUGAUUUAAGCAUUCCGUCAUCAUUAAAACGUGAUCUGGCUGUCUAUGAUCCUUUUGAAAUAAUGGAUACAGAGAGCAACAUGAUGCAGUCAUAUGAAGAAAAUUUUCCCAUUCUUUCAUAGUAACUAUUCAAUAAACAACCAAAAUAGACCAAAAAUGCACUACACACAGUAUUUUUUAAAUAUAAAAACCAACCUUUAAUAAUAUUAAAUUAUUGUUAAAAUAAGAAACAAAGUGCUUAGUUUUUCAUUUAACGAAAUACGUAUUUCUUAGACCAUGUCAUGUUUCAAUUUAUAUAAAAUAAUAUUUUGUAUUGUUAUUUGUUAUAGAUAAUAUGUUAUUUAAGAUUUAGAUACUAUUAUACUAAUAUAAUAUAAUUAUUUAUUACAUUGUUUAA